CUCAGUUCUCACGUAAUUAACACACGGUCUGACACAGUUAGUGUCGACAUCGCCGGCGACCACCGGCAGCCGUGUGCUUCUUGAACUUGAGAUCAGUUUAGGGAAUCACUGAGCAGUCGUGAGUCACUCUUGUGAGUCAGUACUCCAGCGGUGCGAUAGUGAACUCGUUCGCCGCCACUGAAAUUGUGUUUCAGUUUGUUAAUGAGAUUGUAAAGUUAUUUUUAGACUGAAAAUAGCUUACAAUCAAUGUGGUUGACAUAGUGAUGUUCUCAAAUAUAGCCUACCAACUCUCGUCGAAGUUUUCAACUAUAUCAAGAGAUCAAAAGCACCUCCUGGGCAGCAUGUCCAAGAAGCCGGCGGGCGCGCCCACGCUGCACAAGGUGAUCAUGGUGGGGUCAGGCGGCGUGGGCAAGUCGGCGCUCACGCUGCAGUUCAUGUACGACGAGUUCGUCGAGGACUACGAGCCCACGAAGGCCGAUAGCUACCGGAAAAAGGUGGUGCUGGACGGCGAGGAGGUGCAGAUCGACAUCCUGGACACGGCGGGGCAGGAGGACUACGCCGCCAUCCGCGACAACUACUUCCGCAGCGGCGAGGGCUUCCUGUGCGUCUUCUCCAUCACCGAGCCCGAGAGCUUCGACGCCACGCAGGAGUUCCGCGAGCAGAUCCUUCGGGUGAAAUCCGACGAGCACAUUCCGUUCCUGCUGGUGGGCAACAAGUCGGACCUGGCGGACAAGCGGCGCGUGCCGCUCGACGCGUGCCGCGACCGCGCUGCCGCCUGGCGCGUCCCCUACGUCGAGACGUCGGCCAAGACGCGCGAUAACGUCGAUAAGGUGUUCUUCGACCUGAUGCGCGAGAUCCGCUCGCGCAAGUGCGACGACACGCGCGCCACCAACGGCGACGUGAAGGGCAAGAAGCGCAGGAAAAUCAAGUGCAAUAUCUUGUAGGCCGCCGCCGCAUAAUGAACUUUGCGUCCUGCACCCAAGGUCGAAAGUUCCACGGUAGUGAUGGACUCCGCCGCUCGGCAGUGUACGGUGCUCCGCGGUUGCUCCCACUCCGUUCAGAUCUUUGUUCUAAACGCAAA